AUGAUAUGGCAAGAGAUCUUGUGUAUUGCAGAAUGGUCAUAUCAGAAUCUAACUCCGGCUCUCGCAACUCACACUUGCCCAGCAAACGGACAACUCAUUCUGCCAGCGAUAGCUCAAGGGCUCGUGGGCGUACCAUUUUUCGACCACGACGAACUUAACGCUCUAGGUGCGGACGAUAGCGUCGCGGAAACGCACUAUAAUGGUGAAACAGACUGGAUGGAUGAUUUUGAGCCUGACUCUGCCGCCUCUGGACCAGGAAAGCAGCGCCAAACCCGCCCUACUCGUGACACACGACCAAGACGUGACAUAUCUUCGAGCUCUGAAUACCCCUCAACAGCCCACUUGCUGGCUUCAAAGGACGCUCGCCGGGAUGUCAGUGCCUUACAUAUGUCCGAGAUGGGCAUUUCAGCUCCUCCGAGAAAAGUGUCUCAUUCGACUCUCAGAGGCCAGUUAUCCGAGAUGAAGGCAAACGCAUGUCCUGCACCAUUGCGAAGUCAUGCUACAGAUGUCUUCAACAAUAGCCCUGUCCCCGAACGUCACCAGAACGUAAACGACGAACUCGUGGAGGCCAUUUCGAGAAAUAUAGCCCAGCAACUACACAUGCUAUCAAUCAAGGACCCAACCCUUCGUGGACGGAAUGACCCGCAGCAGCCACUUUCCCGAACCUCGGAUAGCCUCGACAAUGAGUCGAGAACCUCAAGUCAAAGGGAAGCGCUGAAUCGAUUCACUCAAGAGCUUCAGAGAUAUGCUGAGCAGUCGGGUGCCAAAGGCAAGCUGCCGAUACCUACUCCGACCCCACCCCGUUCUAGUACAAGCCUUCACACGAUAGCAGCUCUUCUACCCUUUCGUUCAGAGUUCAAAGCUGCCGGGCUUGCGAUUACUUCAAAAGACCAAAGGAAAUGUUCCUCGCGCCGUUCUCCUGUUGGCAGAGCCAGAGCGAUGAUGAACCAAGCACCGCGAUCUCAUGUUGAACAACAGCAUCUACUCCAAGUGGAUGGUAAUGCAGGGUGUCCCAGUUCAAGGACAGAAAUCCCUUUCCCUGCCUCAAAAGACAUGGACGAGUUCAGAUAUGCAAUGGUGGACCAGUCCAAACCCCAUAAGUCUCGAAGAAAGAAGAAACCGAAACCUCUAUAUUCAGAAUCCCUCAACAACAAGGCUUUAACUGGACCUACGGCCAAGCUUCCCCAACCACGAAUGCAUACGUAUCCCGAAUGGCCCAAUAUUACAUCUGUGGAGAGAAGGAAGUCGCAUCAGCGAAAGAACCUCGACAAAUGCACGACAAAGUCGACUUCCCCAGCUGCACGAAGCACGCAAAAGAGGAGGCAAUCAAACCGGGCUUUUUUCACUGGGCGAAGGACACCUACGAUCUACUCGAGCGUGUCAUUGGAAUCGGUCAUCCAAGAUAAUGCUGGCCCAUCCUCAAACAACCACCAGUCCCGUGCAAGAAACGACAUUUGUGCAUACAGGAAUGGUAGCCAAGGAUUUGACGAAGAGGAGAGCCCCUGUAUCAGACCGGUGCAGACCUCGAAAGAUCUCAAGCAAUCGACAUUGGUGCAACCUCGCCCCAGACGCUGCCAUAGCUUAAGUGCUGAUGUUCUUGUCCCACAGCAAUUGCAUCCCACAAAAAAGUCCAGUAAACCGUUGCCGGAACUCCCUCACCCAGAUCCGUCAUCAACAGCUACAGAACAAAGCUGCAGACUGUCUGUUGAUGAUGAUGUCUCACCAUCUACACCGAAGAAGGACUUACUUGAUAAAGGGAAAGCAAGGGUAUCAUCGGACAGAAGAACCAAGUAUGUAGGCUCUCCCAUAUCGCCAAAUCAUGUUACUGUCUGUUCACGAGGCUUUUCUGGUCGAAAGAUUGGCCGACCAAACGUACCAAAAAGAACAUCGUCCAUUCGAAGUCUUCGAGCAGCCAACCAAAAUUAUGACCAAGGUGAAGUCCUAGAUCGCGAUGUGCUGAGGGGUCUCCAUGUUGCGGCUUCAGCAGCUUGCAACGAGCAGAUUGACUCAUUCAUCCAUGAGAAGACUGGCCUACACAUUCGACAAUUUCUGGCUGAUCUCAUGCCGCUUGAGAGUCUGGGCAACGAACCAGUGCGGGAAUCGAAGAAAGAAAGGUCGAAGAGAAGGCGGGCAGACAUCAGGGAGGUGAAGCGACGAGUGAGGAAAUCUCGACAGAUGGGAGAACGCGCCGUGGUCUAA